GAAAGGAACAUCUCUCCGACGCAAAUCAAAAAUCGAUUCGAGGUUUAAUCACAGCAUCUGCGGCCGGCUUGAUCGUUAACGAAUGUCGCUGAAGAAGACAUCUUCUCUGGUUCUUCCGCCAUUCUCAACGAAUUAAGCUUUACGCAGAAGCUCUCCCUCUCUCUUUGUUUUGAAUCCGCGAAAUUGUUCUUCCCCUGAAAUCUGUAGGAGUUGUGCAGCGAUGGCUGAUGAGAGUUUGGAUGACAAGCCGAUUCGGUUUCAUAUUCCCUAUCAAGUAAUCCACCAUGAAGCUUACAUGUCUUUGCACAAAGAAUUGAGUGAGCCAUUUCGCUUUGACGAUACGAAAUUGAACAAGCGAUUUGGUGCCAAUCACAGGUUUAGCCUUUUGACGGAACCAGCAGUGAUUUAUCCUCGUUCUCAGUCAUCUCUAACAAGCGAAUAUUUACGUGGUGGUUAUGAAUUGUGUGUAAAUUUCACUAAUCCAAGUUUGAUGGUAAUUGGAAACAGCAUGUUAGAUGGUAAUCUACUUGCAAGAAUGAAAUACGAUUACACAGAUAGGUUGACAAUGUAUAGUCAGAUCAUGAAUAACCAAACAUUGUGUUCGUCUCUGUUCAGCUUUGACUACAAGAGGGCAGGCUACAAAACCCAAGUUCAAGCUGGAAGCGAUGUCCCUUUCAAAGCUAGUUGUAGCAAGAAUGUGACACCGGAACUGUCCUUGCAUGGUGAGGUUUCCUGGAAUGGGAAUGAUGAUGUGAAUAACGAUGUUGGUUUUGCUGCUCGAUAUGCUCGAUAUGAGUCUGAGACUAACAAGCCUAAAAUGAUUGCUGUUGCACAAGUGUUUACCAAAUCUGCUAUAAUGAGUUACUUUCAGAAGAUUUCAGAGAAGGUUAUGUUUGUGACUUAUCUCACGUACAACUACAUGUCAAGAGAUGUUCGAGCUAGAGUUGGGUGUGUCUACUCUGUGAGACGGGGUCGGGUGUUAGCAAAUAUCGAUUCCAAUGGUGUUUUGGCCACUCACCUUGAAGAACGAUGGGUUGAAGGACUCAAUUUUAUUCUGUCAACAGAGCUGGAUCCUAAGAGGUGGGAGUGCAAGGUCGGUUGUGGUAUAACCAUCACUACUUGAAGACCAUCUUCUUUUUGUCUUCUUGAAGUUAAAGCCUCCAAAACCCAGAUGGUCUCACGAUUUCCCCUGCCAGAUUCAAGUGACACUUGGCAUUGGCACUUUUGGAACAAAGACUGUAGCUACGG